CGGUAUUUAAGAAUACCGUACGUUUCACUAUAAAUAUAUAGUAAAUAUAAUUUAUUGUAGCAAUCAAUAUUCGCAAAGCAGUAAGAUGUUUUAUUUUGAAGGUUUUUGUGCGAUAUGGAUUUAGCCUGGGGUAAAAAUUUAACUUAAUGAUAUACCACUUUAUAGGAUGUAUGGUUUUAUAAUAGAUGCCUUAAUAAUUAUAUAACAGUAAUUUCGUUGUACGAUAAUUAUAGAUGAAUGAUUAAUGCAAUAUGCCGGAUCUAUCUCGGAAACAUGUGUUGAUGGAGGAAAAUUGAUUGAGAGUUUAGUUGUCGAAGCAAAUUUAACAGGAGCCCUGUUAAUCUAAUUGGAGUACGGGAUGUCGAUAACUUGAAAUAGCGGAGGUUCAAAAUAAAGCUGUUGGAUUUAUUGAUAUAAUCGUGCACAACUUUACCAUAUAGAGUUCAUCUGGAAGAAACUAAUCUUGUAUGUAUGAAGAGGAUAAAAUUAGAUAUUGGAGAAAUUAAACUCUCCAGUAGCCGUGUAGCGAGACAACGAAUUGUAGUGAAUGUGCGUGUUUUAUUGUGAGAAUGGGAAAACACUUGAAGUUGAUUGAAAUGAUUUGAAACAAAAGUGCUAUUGAAAGAUAAAUCAUGGCAUGGUGGAGUAUUCCCUGAUUCAUUUCGCCUCUGUUCAGUUUCAUUUUCGCUCGCAGUGAAUACGGAUCGUUAAGUAUGACUUUUAUUUGUUUGUGCGAAAUACGUGCUGAUGACAUGUUUUAUUAGAUGGAAUAUGUGUUGCAGUAACAAGUCAACGUAUUGUAAUAUAAGGAUAUAAUUUUAAAACGUUUAAUGUUGUUUAUAAAUAUUGAAAGGUUCUUUGAAUUGAAAUACGGAAACUCGGUACGUCGGUUUCUAUCAGGGACAUCGUGCGAAGUUUCUUUUAAUAUAGUUGGAUGAUAUUGAUAAAGUAAAAUGUAUAAAAGAAUCAUUUCUUGAAUAUUGAAAUUAUAAUGCAAAUUAUUAUUGCACUACAUAUUCUAAACGGCUUACUGGUCUUAACAGAAAUUGUUAAUGCAAGUUGGAAUGCUGACUGGAAUGAAGACCAGUUUUGGAUAUAAAUCUGAUAUGUUUGAUUUUGAUUGAAGUCUUAAGAUUGUUAAAUGCGAGUAUAUCUUAGUUGAUAUCUACAUUUGAUAAACGAUGUCUGGAUUAUCUGGUAUUGGAGUAUUUUGGGCGUUUUCGUCCUUUAUUUCUGCCGUCAUUUCGUGUGCUGGCUAUUUUAUGCCUUACUGGAUAACAGGACAGAUGUUUAUUCAAAUCAAUGGAAAGUCGGGUCAAACUGUUCCGGUACAUUUUGGAAUAUUCCGUCGGUGUAACUAUCCGGCGAUAAAUACCGACGGUGAGCUAACGAUGGUACUGGAAUGUGGCCGGUACACAACAUUUACGGACAUUCCAAGCACGUCAUGGCAGAUAGCCACUCUUGUGAUUGGAGUUGCUUGUGGGAUUUGCCUUCUUGUCUCAUUGACGGCCAUGUUUGGUAUAUGCGUGAAGGGCGUUAUCAUCCCGACCGUGGCGCGGUCGGCGGGAGUCCUUCAAAUGUGUUCAGGUUUAUUAAUGGCUGCCGGUGUGGGCAUAUAUCCAAAUGGUUGGGAUAGCGCCGAGGUGCAGCAAGCCUGUGGAAAUACUUCUAAAUCGUAUCAUCUAGGUGAUUGCUCACUAUCUUGGUGUUUCUACAUGACUUCUGUUGGGAUAGGAGUUACUCUGAUGUGCUCAGCUCUGGCUUUCCAUGCUCCUAAACAGAAACAGAUCGUCAAUGGAUAUGCACUGUAGCCGUUAAUACGGCAGUUGAUGUGACGUAGCGUGACCGAUUGUCAUAAAUGAUCUCAGUUUUAUAUUUAAUGUAUAUGUUUCUAAUGAAACUGGAAUCUAUUUGAUGAAGAAAUUCCCUGUUGAAGAGUCCGCGGAUGUUAUGUACGCAGGUUAACAAACAGUAUUACGGAUGCUGGCACGUUGAACAUUAUAUUACUUCACAUAAGAGCAAUCAGGAAAGACAGAAAGUGCAAUAUAUCCCCGAAAGGGAAAAUGAAAUAUUUGCUUGCCAUAAUAGACUAUGGGUCUUCAGAAGCCAGACAAUAAUUAUUGUGCAACUUGUGAAUUAUUAUCUGUGAUGUCGUAUAAUGUAUUGAUACAUACUACACAUACUGUGACAGAACAUAAAUUCUUCAGCUUGAACCUUCCUAGUUAUACCGCAUAUUUUGUCUUGAGAUAUUAUGUAAUAAUCACUCAAUGUAGUUUGGAAUAACUUUCCAAUCGUUCGAUGUUCAGAUAUUAUCAAAGUUUAUAUUUUACACAACCCAUUGUCAAAAAUGCUUGCUAAUAACACUUUUUUGACAAUGUAUGUAAUAACAUAAAUAACAAUAUUUGUAUUGUGCAUUUUAUUCGACCUGGCGGGGCGAAGUAAGUCCCUGACUUAUGCAAAUAAUGGUAAUCUAACGAGCAAAAUAGGUGGAGCAAUAUGAUUGUUUAAUUUCGUAAUCACUAAAAUUCAACGCUAAAUUCGUUACAUGUACUACAUUUCCUGCACAAUAAUGCAGUGGACCGUCGCGAAACCCCGUCCCGCCAGGUCGAAACAAACGCACAAUAGUACAACUAACUUUGUUUAUACGUUCAAAAUGAAUGUAAAACAAUACAAAAGGUACCACCAGAAAGUAAAUUCUUUCUGAAAAAUAGCAUAUGAAACAUGUUUUAUAGGAGACGAUAGCUCUGCUAUAAGAACUGACAAAGAGAAACUUUCUGGAUUUCGAGUAAACUAUUAGGUUAUUGGGCUACCUCCUACAGGCAUGAACAUUGAUUUUCCUCUUAACGAUAUCAUUAACGAAAGAAUCCGUCGGAGUAAUAUGACUCAAAUUUAGUCUAUGUCUUGAAUUAUUGUAUUAACUUACAAGGACAUUUUUUUCUAAACCCUAGGUGUGCGAGAGCCAAAUUUUCUGUUCGAAAUUACAAACAAUUACUACAUAAAGUUCUUAUUAAUAUAAAAUUAGCAAGAUAAUGUGUUUUAGCAGUACUAGGUUUUCAAACAGGUAAACACUUAAAUAUGUUUAGCUAUUGGACCAUAAACACAGUAUAAAUGUAUACUAUUGUUAACAUAAUGGAAGUGUUUAACAAACAAUUGAAUUCUUAUUGUUAUUUGAUUAUAAAUGUGGCUCUUCUUAUACAAUUGAUGUAUAUAUUCAAUAAACUUAAAUACAAUGGGCGUUUUCUACAUAUGAAGUAAAUACAAUAAAUAUUCAAAAGGUUUUG